AUGGCGGCCAACACAGACUCUGCCCCUUUACCACUGAGCCACAAGGCAACGAGACCUGCUUCGGAAGUAGAGUUUGUGAAGGUGACACAGUUCCGGGUGUUGAAGGAAAGACAUAAGGGGGAGGGUGUGACCUUGAAGCCCGACCAGACACCUUCACGUGGACCACAGGACAAGCUGAAGCCCCUCCAAUGUUACCUUGCUCUUGUCAAGAUGUUCAGGCCCACCGCUAAUAGUAAGCUGAAAGGAAAGCUGCACAGUCCCUCCCAGCGAUACCAGGAUUCACCAGAUAACCCGUUCAUCAUACCGCACCAGCCAGGACCCGUCACUUCGAUGUACCAGGACCCAGACAACUUCAGUCUGCCAGUCUACGUUCAGGAUUCACACAGCCCAACACCACGCAGUCAGGGAUCAAACGCUUCAGUGCCUCCCUGCUACAAAUCUUGUAGUCCACCACCUGAUACGGAAAUAUCUCAGAGUAAGUUGCUCUUCUACAAAAUAUCCACGUCCAGCCCCACACCUGCUAACCUGAUGCCGGACUUCCUCAUGCCUAUCCCUCCCCCAUUGAUUCCCAGCAAGUACAUGGAAGACGAUUUUGAGUCAGAUAAUUACAUAACGGACAUCCCAGUGCCACCCACAGUGCUGCCGCCAUAUUCAAUGCCACCCAGUCCUCUGCCGCCUUACCCAGUGCCACCAAGCCCAUUGCAGGACUGUCCUGUGCCACCAAGUCCGCUGCCAAUGCCCCCAAGCCCUGCCGCUAAUGUCGCUGCCGAUGCCACCAAGCCCACUACACCAUUAUCCGAUGCCACCAAGCCCAGUACACCAUUAUCCAAUGCCACCAAGCCCGGUACACCAUUACCCGAUGCCGCCAAGCCCGGUACACCAUUACCCGAUGCCACCAAACCCGGUACACCAUUAUCCGAUGCCGCCAAGUCCGUGCUCUACACCGAGGCCAACUUCUCCAUUCCCGAUCCCAGACAGCCCGAUGUGCCACCGCCGCUCCUCGCUUACGCCUCUGCUUCCUCCCUUGAUUCUGACAAACCCAAUGCAAGACGAUCUCGUAUUGACUUGCCAGGUAACGGAAUGUUCAGCUUCAUCAAGCCCACACCCUGCCGAUAUAUCAGUUUCCCUCAUUCCAGCUACCUCGGUUUCGGCAAACUCGACACAAGCCUCACGGACACCAAGCAAACUGAAAUCAGAAGGAUCUGUUCUUCAUAG